UGGUCUGAACAAAAACUCUUUUUUAUUUUAAUCAAUUGUUUAUGUUGUGUUCAAAUUAAAAAUGGAGUAGAUGCGUGCUUAGUUGGUGCUUUUUAUAAUUAGUAUGGCCUAUAUAAAUAUAGCAGAAUGGACGCCCGAUCAAGUAACAGACUGGAUAAGAGGUCUCGACGAGUCGAUGAAAGGAUAUUUUUCAAAACAUGAAAUCGGCGGACGUGCUCUGCUCAAUAUACGGCCAUAUGAGUUGGAAAAUUUGGGCAUGCAGGCGAUCGGCCAUCAGGAAAUUGUCCUUGAGGCCGUGGAGAAUCUGCGAAACUUUCACUAUCACCUGAAGAAUGACAAUCUGCAGUUUAUGGCGCUGCAUGUGGGCACCGCAGCGAGGAAUCUGCACCGUGAGCUGGCCAAGAAUCAUGCGGACAGCACAAAGAUUGACACGAGAACGUUACACGAUAUAACCAGGACGAUUGCAACAUUAAAGCCGCUGAUUGGGAAUCUGGAGCGUUUGCCGUUUCGCAAUCAGGACAUGUACCGCGAGUACUGUGGCAAUGUGCUGAGAUGUGGCCUGGAACUGGCCACAAUUGCACACAGGGAUCGCUUUGCCGAGCGUCCCGUGGCACAGAUCAAGGCAACGGCGGAACGUUUGGAACGACUGGCGAAUUUUAUUAUACAGGAUAUAUCGGAUCCCAUGGUGUUGCAGCCGGCAUCAUUAAAUCUGGUGACUUUAAAGAAACGGGAAUCGGAUUUGGGUUUCAAUAUCGAGUCCAGUUACAAUGGCAUCCAUCGGGUGACGGACAUCAAAUACAAUUCGCCAGCUCACAAUUCGGGCAAGAUCGAGGAUGGUGAUGAGAUUGUACAGAUCAAUUACCAGACAGUUGUGGGCUGGCAACACAUGACCGUGUUGCAUCACCUACGGGAGGCGCUGCCGGAUGUCGUACUGACCGUGAAGAAGCGUCCCAAGCACACCAAGAUGUAUGGACAGAUCUAUAUGCAGCCGUAUCGUUUGCCCAGCAAGAAGCGCAAUAUGAGCAAUCGUUGGGCGGACAAUUUGCCCAGUCCAAGUCCACGUGCCGCCUUCCUAACGCUGGAGACGGCAACCAGGACUCCCCAAAGCGAGGAUAAUGGCGAUAACAAAGGGGAGAAGGUGCAGCGGCAGCGGGAAGAGCCAGCUGCACUGCUUGGAGCGACAGUGGAGCAAGUGGAGGCACAGGCAGCCACAGAUUCCGAUUCCGACUCGGAUUCAACGCCCACCGAUGCCAAAUCAGUGAGUCGUGAGAUGCGUUUGUAUUAUCCGAAACCACGUGCGCUGCUGCAGCGCCGGAAUACCAUAUGUGGCGAUGAGUUUCUCAGUCUGAAGCAUCCGCAUUUGGUGAUACCCUCCUGGCAUGAGCGUAAACCAGGCGGAGCAGGAGCUAAUGUCACCAACUGUGAUCCGGGUUCGCCUAGCAUACGCGAUAAAUCCAUUUCCUUUGGCUAUGGCCUGGAGAUAGCGCCCAGACCAACCACCUGCAUUGGUUUGGCCGCCAGUGAGAGCGCGGAUGCCGCCAAGCGACUCCUCAAUGAGGCACGUAAGCUGAAGCAGCUGACGGAGGCGGGAUUGGAGUCCCAGCAGCAGCUGCAGCUGUUGGAACGCUAUAAACCAGGUGUUAGCAAAGUGGUGCGCUUUGAUGCCAACAUGAAGGUGGAGGAUUAUGUGGUGAAGAAUGAGAAGUUCACAUGCAAUGUGGAGAACACGAUACUGGAGACCUUUGAGCCGAUACCCUUUGCCGACGAGGGCGAUGAGGAUGCACUGGAAACGUUGCGCAGCUGUGCCAGCUCCGAGCUGCUCCAGGCCAUUGAGUUGGCCACGCGUGAGACGCCGCCGCUGGCGGAGGCCAUCAAUGCGUCCCUCAUCCACAAGGAGCAACUGCAGCAACAGAAUCGUCGUGGACGCCUCGACAAGAGUCACAGCACGCCGGCCUAUGACAAUUCUGGGGAGGAAGAAUCCGAUACGCCGCCGCCAGCAAUAGAGCCGCGCAAGGAAUUCCUGCUAGUGACGCCACCAGCGCCUCCGCCGCGUCCACGCAAGCAGCGGGAAUUGACGCCGCCGGUGGUGCCGCCGCCGCCGCCAAAGCCGGCGAGCAUGCAAUCCCAGGCAGCUCAGAUGACAAGCAUAUCCUCCCAGGACCAGCAGCAGCAGCAGGAGAUUAGUGAGCUGCUCACGCCCAGCAAGACGCGCACAUUGACUCUAAAAAAGAAACACAGCUUGAUGGCCAAGCGGAGGAAUACGAAUCUAAAGCUGCUGGGCACCGGUGACAUCCAGGGACAUCUCUACAGACGCACCAAGAAUCUGCGCGGAGUCACCUACUGGGCACGUAUCUAUUUUGUGAUGCUGGACACGAUACUCUAUGGGUUUCGCAGCAAGCAGAGCAGCAGCGCCAGCUUGGUCAUUUUCUUGCCGGGAUUCACCGUCUCCUUGGCCAAGGAGGUGCACUCGAAGCCACAUGCCUUUAAGGUUUAUCAUACGGCCAAGAGUUUCUACUUUGCCGCUGAAUCGCAGGAUGCACUAAAUCAAUGGGUGGAAUUCUUGAGGAUUGCCUCGCUCAAAGUGCCGGCGGUGAGUGUUGCCAACUGUACCAGCAAGGAUCUGUACUCGGAGAACGAGAGCUCUGGCGAGGAGGAGAACGAUGCGCUGAUUAAUACAAAUCUCUGUACGCCAUCGCCUCAAGCAUCGAAGGAUGUGAUUGCCACAUUGUCGGCCACGCCCACCAGCAGUCUGAGUCAUAGUAACAGUAAUAAUCAUGGCGCGAAGGUGGAUCGUGGUUAUUUUGAUUCACUGAGAAAGUUCACCAUGGGCACAUUUAAGAGCAAUACAGCCAAAUCCAAUUCCAGCGAUAUUCCAGUGCCAACGGCAAAUUUUCAGACAUUUCGCAAGGUGCCCGGAGGCAGUUGUGGUAUACAGAUAGGUGCCAAUACACCAGGAUAUCAUGAUCCCGCACAGCCGCCGACGCCGACGGUGAAACUGGGUGCAGGAACAGUUGGCGGAUCAGGAGGAGCAGUUGGAGCACUUGGAGGCGGCGCAACAGGAGCGUCCACCGUUGUACCCGUUCCGGAGCCACCACGCAAAUUAUCACGCAGCUCCAGUCGCAGCUCCGUGGUAAGCACCGCCUCCUUCAGCCUGGGACCACCGAAUUCUCCCGCUCCCACGCUCAGCUCCAUGCAGCAACCAAGUUUCGAGGAGAGCAAUAGUCCCAGUCCCAGUCAAAGUCAGAGUCCCAGCCAGAGUCAAAGUCCCAGCAGUAAAUCGAGCUUGAAGAAGGUACCUUAUCAUUAUCUUCAUGCCUCGAAUCCCAAUCUGGAGGUCUUUGAAUAUCAUCACUCUACAACGCAUACGAAAUCAUCGUUCAUGACCAAGAAAGCGGGCGGAGAUGGUUGCACCUUGGAUGCACAUCAUCAGCCAAAUAAUAUACAGGGGUAUAUGACGCUGAAGGAUCUGAUGCUGCGCAAGCAACUGGAGGAGUCACAGGAAAUGUACAACAAUCGUGUCCAUUUGGGCAUUGAGAAGCACAACAGACAGCACAUGAGAACCGACUCCAAUGCCAGUCAACAAACACAAGGGAAUCAAACAGGAGCUGCUACAACGAGUGCCAAGUCAGCGGGAAAUGGAAAUGGAAAUGGAGAACCUCCGGCUAAGAUUCAAGGACGCAGUUUGCCCAAGACACCGGACUACGAGUACAGUUUCAAGCCGGAUGAUGAGAGCAUUAAACGGACACGCACGAUGGAGGGACAAAAGUUGCGUGACUUUGGCUAUGAGCUCAUCUUUGGUGAUGAACCAACAACAAGUAGCCACAAUCACAACAACAACCACAGCAGCAGCACCAACAUCAGUAUUUCCAGGCAAUCCAGCUGCAAUGAGUAUGAAAAACAGUUGCUACUGCAGCAGCAGCAACAACAGCAACUCCAUCAACAACAACAACACCAGCAGCAGCAGCAACAGGAGAAGCAACAACAACAAUCGCAGCAGCAGCAACAACAACAACAAAGCACACGCUCGAAUUUCUUUCGCGCCUCACAGCAUUUCUCCAGUUUCCUGCACAAGAGCAGCAAGAAAUCGAGUCAUGAUCCAGCGGAAUCCAGCAGCAUCUCCAGCAGCAGCAGCAGCAACAACAAGAAGAGCAAAAGUAAAUCCAGCAGCAGCAGCAACAACAGCAGCAGCGAUCGACGAUUUCCAUUUACACCGAUGACAAUGACGCUGCCAUUGAAUAAGAAAUCGAAAUCGAAUCAUGCUCUCGAUGCCAGCAACAUGGCCAGCAGCAACAACAUGGCUGGCAACAGCAACAACAGCAGCAGCAACAUUAAGAAAAGCCAAACGUACAAUCAAGACUUGAGGGAUAGAGUUGUGGGCACUAAAUAUGAUGCUCCACGUAAGAAUUCCGCACCCAUUAAUAGCUCGGCCAAGUUGUCCUUGUCCUCAUCGGCGUCGGCUGCAAGUGCAACACCAACGCGUCCCUCCAAGGAGAACCGUUUUCUAGGCUCACCGCUGUUUCAUCGCACGCUCUUCAAUCAUCAUCAUCAUCAUCAACAACAGCAGCAGCAGCAGCAACAGUUGCAGUUACAGCAGCAGCAACAAUUGCAGCUACAACAGCAACAGCAGCUGCCCAGCAACGCCGAUUUGGAGGCGGAUUGUGAUCAGGAGAUCUUCUCACAGGUUAUAUUCCCCACACAGCGCAGCUAUCGCUCCAACACCAAUCUCUGUGCAUCGGAAGCGUUGCAGCCGCCAUUGCCACCAGCACCGCCGCCGCCAACAGCAACAACAGCAGCUACUGCAACCACAACAGCAGCAACACCAUCUGUAACAGCAUCAACAGCUUCAACAGUUGCUGCUCUUAAAGAGGAUGCAACAGCAGCAACAACACCAAAAGUAACCAACACCAAUUCGCUGGAUUCAAAAGCCCAAACACCGGAUUAUCCAAAUAUGGAAUGUCCGCCAGUUUUUGAGCCCGAAAUUUAUUCGCUCAGCGAACCAAAUACGAGUCUAUCCAGGCUCAUGUUGCGCAACAACAACAGCAGCAGCAGCAACAACAGCAACACCAAUAACAACAACACCAACAACACCAGCAGUCCCAGUGGCAGCGAACAUCAAACUUAGCUCUGAUGUAAACGAUUGUGAAUGCUCUAUAUAUAAUAUAUACAUAUAUAUUAUACAUAUACAUACUUAUAUAUAUAUAUAUAUCUAUAUACAUAUAGCAUAUAGUUAUAUACUCUAUAAUAGUUGUAUGCAAAUAUUUUGUUCAUUUCUUAUGGUAUUUGUCUUCGUCUUCCCCACUAAAAGAUGCUUUUAUACUCACCCCUUAAUCCAUAUCCAUAUAUCCACAUACUUAUCCUUAUCUUAUCUUAUAUAUAUUAAAGCAUAUAUUUAGAUUUAUGCAUAUGCGCCUUAAUUUUGCAUUACCAUUUGUUUUGGUUCUAGGAAAAAUUUUUAUAUAUACUUAUAACACACAUUUUGAAAAACAAAAAGAAUAACUUAAAUCAAGUCUGUGCAUCGAAUUAGCGAGAUGAAUAAUUGUAGUGAAAAUUCUUUAUGAUUUGCCUUUGUAAUGAGAUUAACCAAGUUAAUCGAAGCUGUUUGAUUUGCUCAACAGUUCAUGUAAUAAGUACGCACACACUUUGUAGGGGUCACCGGGUCAGCAGGGGGACUCGAAGAAAUGUUUUUUGUGAGUAUGCACAUAAAAAAAAA